CUGACGUCACUUGAAGGCAGAUUCUGAUCAGAGAAAGCACGAGCUGGCUGGCUGCUCAUCCGUGUCCCCCUCCCCUCAUGCCUUCUAAUUCUGUGAUUCCUUUCGUGUGAGAAAACACUUCUCCUCCCAUCACUGGUGAUUCUGCUUUGCCUGUCAGUGAAGGAAGAGGCUUGCUUGAAAUGCAGAAGUUGCUUCAGGGGCUGAUGCUCUCCGAUUUUAGUGAAGAGGGGCACAAACACAGUGCACGCUGAUUAUUGUUUCCCCUUUAAUUGUUAGAAACUCAUGAUCCUGGCAUGGAAAUAUCUUUGGGGACGGUGCCAGGCUCGACCCUCACCGGUGCAGGUCGCAUAGAAAGCUCAACUGGAGGUGCAGGAUGCGAUUGUCCAGGAGGACCAACCACAUUAUUGCUGUUACCCCAAGCGAAUUCACCCCCACUGACUGGUGACCACAUGGACAAAAGCUGGUGUGUUGAAGACCCCACUCUCCACACAGUUAGCCCUAUUAACCACCAUCAAGCUAGCAGUAGUAGUAGCAUGGACCACGACGACCUGGAUCCGAGCAUAAGGAUGGACCAUCAUCAUCAGCACCACCAGUCUGAGGACAGCGCACACCUAGAAAUGGCUACGUUACUGCAGGGAGAGAGCAAUGAGAAGGUGGUUAUAAACAUCGCUGGUUUAAGGUUCGAGACACAGCUCACUACCCUCGCUCAGUUUCCAGAUACCCUGCUCGGCGACCCGGACAAAAGAAUGCGCUAUUUUGACCCUCUGCGCAAUGAAUAUUUUUUUGACCGUAACAGACCCAGCUUUGAUGGCAUCCUAUAUUUCUACCAGUCUGGGGGCAAAAUACGGAGACCUGUUAAUGUAUCUAUUGACGUGUUUGCUGAUGAGAUCCGGUUCUAUGAGUUGGGAGAAGAGGCUAUGGAGAGAUUCAGGGAAGAUGAAGGUUUUAUUAAGGAAGAAGAGAAACCUCUGCCUCAGAAUGACUUUCAGCGACAGGUGUGGUUAAUUUUUGAGUACCCUGAAAGUUCCAGUCCAGCGCGGGGUAUAGCCAUUGUUUCAGUGCUUGUUAUCCUUAUUUCCAUAAUCACAUUUUGCCUGGAGACGUUGCCCGAAUUUCGGGAUGAGAGGGAGCUGCCUCUUGCACUUGGUGGCUUAGUGAACGUAACCACCUCCUCAGUGUCUCAUUACAUGUCAGAUCCCUUUUUUAUUAUUGAGACUACGUGUGUCAUUUGGUUUACCUUUGAGUUGGGAGUGCGUUUUUUUGCUUGCCCGAGCAAAGCAGACUUCUCAAAGAAUAUAAUGAACAUCAUCGACAUUGUUGCCAUUUUCCCCUAUUUUAUUACCCUGGGAACAGAAUUAGCAGAGCAACACACCAACAAUGGGCAGCAAGCGAUGUCACUGGCAAUUCUUAGGGUCAUCAGACUGGUGAGGGUCUUUCGCAUUUUCAAGCUAUCUCGUCAUUCCAAAGGUCUCCAAAUCUUGGGGCAGACUCUCAAAGCCAGCAUGCGGGAGCUGGGGCUACUUAUCUUCUUUCUUUUCAUUGGGGUGAUCCUUUUCUCUAGCGCUGUGUACUUUGCAGAAGCUGACGACCCUGACUCCCAUUUCUCAAGUAUUCCUGAUGCGUUCUGGUGGGCUGUGGUAACCAUGACUACAGUGGGCUACGGGGAUAUGAAACCCAUUACGGUAGGGGGCAAGAUUGUUGGCUCCUUGUGUGCGAUCGCUGGGGUACUGACAAUUGCUCUUCCAGUCCCAGUUAUAGUGUCCAACUUUAAUUACUUUUACCACCGGGAGACAGACCAGGAAGAACAAAUCUCUCUGAAAGAUGAGCCCAGCAGUGGUCAAGUGACCCCAAACAGUGAGCUCAAGAAGAGUUGUAGCAGUCCUUCACUUAGCAAAUCUGCUGGACAUAUAACAGAAAAUAGUCAGCGGGUUAAUAAUGGCACCAGAACAGUGGAGAAGGCGAACCUGAGGGCUAACAGUAGUACCAUGGACUUGAGAAAGCCCUUUUAUGUGCUGUGCUUAGACACAAAUAGAGAAACAGACCUGUAGCUACUCCAGCACCUGUGGAUUGCGUUUAGACUUAGGUAGUUGACUUAAAUUCUGCAAUUACACCGCUCUGGCGUGCAUAGAUGUGUGUUUUAUACGCAAGAACACAACAAGCACUUAACUGUCUCUUGGGGAACAUCUCUGCUGCUGUACACAUUAUAUAAUAGCAAUUUGAUGCAAAGCAUCGGACUGUCAUUUUGCUUUUGUUGUCGUGGCGUGACCCUUGUUUUAUACGAUUUAAAUAGUAUUUUAUUAAUGUUUUCAAGGGCACAGUGAGACAUACAUACAUACUAAGAAACUGCAUUCGGUGUUCUGCAAAGCCUGUGCUGUGAAGCUGCAGGAGGAAUGAGUAUUCCUUUAAUAAUAACCACAGAGGCGUGUUGUAUUAUAUACAUACGAGUUUUGACGAUUUCCUAGAUAAAAUAUAACUAUUUUUCAUGCGGGAGACUUGAGUUUUGUAUAAUAAUGUGAAAUAUAUUUAAGAUACAUGCAAACGUUUAUAUUUUUAGAAAGUCUUACACAUUUUUGUUCAUCCGACCAAAUGCUACUAUAUGGUAACAGUGUGUGUGUGUGUAUAUAAAAUGGUCAUAAGCUUUUGAAAUAUUUUGGCGCACCACACCUUGAUCUAGUGUUUCUGACUGGUGUGCAUACAGCACCUACCCAGAGAAGAAAAAUGGCCGCAGAACUGCUCAAAAAUGAUACCUAAAGUGACCCUUAAUGUACCAACAGUAAAAGGAUGAUUAUUCAAUGUUAUGCGCAUGGUGGUUCUGAAUACAUGCAUUUCGAGUUUGGUAAUGGUUUUGCAGCAUAGCUUACAACUUCUGGGUUAUGUCAGGAAAUCUACGGAUGCACACACCACAAACUGUACACAAUUUGUACUUUUCGUUCACUUUGCGUAGGAGACUGAGUUUAAAUCAUUGAACAUGGUGUGCUACUAACUAGCUAGAAAAGAUGCCGUACCAGAUAUGUGCUUUAGCGCCUACAGUGUGUGUGGCUUUGCUGGCAACAGUUGUCUCAAGGAUUAUUUUAAUCCACACUCGAAAUCUUAAUGUUUCCAAUGGGUAGAGCUACAGAAGAGAAACAAAAUGUAACAGGUCCUGCAUGCCAGUGUUUCAAGCAAUUGUCCUUGCUACUUCUUUCAGUGUCAAGGAGCACAGCCCUGUACCACCCAAUGGUGAAUACCAGCAUUCUAAAUAAAUGCAUACUGGAUGUAAAUAGACAAUUCAUGGCUGACCUGUGCUUGUGCUGAAAUUCCAUGUAAAAUGUCUUGCCGUGGCACUUUGGGAGUUAUAAUGCAGUAAAUACACCCAUUCUAAGACACAGAUUGUGCACUCUCUACUGGGGAAGUCUUUGCUUUGAAAACAAACAUUUCGUGGUAAUACACAAAAUUGCUCCAGGGCCUACCUCUUUUGGAAAUCUGCCUGCCAGGGUUUGUCAUGUGGUAGGCUUCCAUUUCUUAAAAAUAUGAAAUGAUGGCUCCAGGAAAAAUGCAAAAUAUGAAAAAUAUAAAAACAGAAGAACUGAGAGUAUGAUGGAGAAAUGGAAGACAGGAAGUAAGAAUCAAAUGGGGAAACUGUCCAGAAAGGAGAGCCUAGAUUUCAGUGUCAGGAUACAAAUGAUUGAUUUCCAUUCAAUGUGCCUGAAGAAAGAGAUUGACACAAAUCACCCAAAGUAAAUUUUGUUUCUCUCCAGCGUUACCACAACUAAGUGAAAAUGGAAUCAGCGACUGCUAAUUAACAAGGCCCAUCGAUGUGAACAUUUCAUCAUGAUCACUUAUUGGCUCUUUUGAUACCUCAAAUAAUAAUUUAUUAUCUUCAUUUCUUGAAGACAAUAAAUGUAGUAAUGAAAUAAAACAUAAUUUCACAUAAUUUCAGCAAAGAACCUGGCAAUGCCAUGCUACUUUCUAUAAACAGUAUAAAUCCUUUUGUAGCUAUAGCAGUUUUUUAGAAGCUGUAGUUACUGAAUGGUUUUAUAUUCAUAUAUUGUCUCACAAAUAAACAAAAGUAUCCUAUAGUAUGAGCAUGUAUGGUGUCUCACACCAUUAAAAUGAACAGUUACAAAAUUACAUGUUAUAAAAUGAACAGUUAUGAAAUUACAUGUUAAAGAAGUAACAUCCUUGUAUUGACGAUUCUGCUGCAUUAUAUCAAACUAAAAAAAAAAAAAAGUAAACAAAAAAGAACUCAAAACAUGAAUUGAACAUUCAAGUUUAAAUUUUGCUGCACUAUUUCUUAAGUCAGGUAUUUUCUCACUUGUAUCUUUAUUCAGCCUGCAUGCCAUUAUUUUGUUAAGUUGUCUUUGUUCUGCCUCCCAGUGUGCUGUAAACUGACUAAAUUGAUUCAUGUAUUCUGAGUUGGUUAUAAUGUAAUAUACUUGGCAAUAUAAGAAUUUCAAACGACCUGUUGCAUGAAAUGUGUACUUCUGUUAAAUAACAGUCAUUCUGAUGAUAUCCUGAUGUUGUAAUGGUGAAGGUACAAAUAUCAAUGCAGCAACCAAGAGUAGGUACAAACAAGAAGUCGGUAGGAAUUAUUUCAUGGUAAGAUUUUUACAAGGUGGAUUUUCAGCAAACAUAUAGGAUUAAUGGGAUUGUAAGGCACUUAUGUGUCAAAUACACAGUUCUAACACUUGUUGCAAAUUUUCAGGGGUUUGUUGCUGCAGUAUUUUGAAUUCGUUAUUCACUGCUUUGCCAACUUCUGUACACAGACGUCUGUCUUCACAACUGCGAAAGAAAAGCAUGAAGUCAAACUGUAUAUUAAUGUAAGGUUUCCAUUUUACUUAGCCAUUGUAAACGCAGCACUAAACAUAUCACUGAACUCACUGUUAGGAAAGGGAAUAGCAAAGCAUCCUUCUGAAAAAGCAUCUGUAAUUUGUCUCAAACUCAUAAAAAAAAUAAUUUCACUGAGCAGAAAUAUAACUUAAGUGUUCCACUAUUCAGAUCUGUAAUGCAAAGCUAGAAAACUAUUGCAAAACUGCGGCUAUGUCAUCUCCAUGGAUCUGUGUUCUAUUUAUCCGUGUUGCCAGUGUUUCUUUACAACUGUCACCUCAUGCACAAUGUUUUAAAGAAUAGUGCAUACUUUGUACUCUGAUUAAAGAGAUUUUACUGAUGAAA